CUCCCUUCAAUCAUUCCCGCGCCGGCCGCCGCGAGGAGCGCGCGUCGUUUUGCCACGCUGUCACGAGUUACGCCACGAGUCGAAUACGUUGUGUAUGUGCAUAGCGAUUUGUAUUUUGAUUUCGUGUUCGUUGUGUCGUUUCGAUAAAGCCAUUGUGUUACGUGUUUAUCCAUGUCGAUGUAACGUAACGAGAACGCGUGGUGAUGUGAAAACGUGUUGCUUGAUUAGUGUCGACGUGUGCAUAGACGGUCGAAUGACAAAAAGUCGUCGAAUCGAAUCGUUUCGUUCGUUUCGUUUCGAUCUUAUCGAACGUAUGUAACGUUUCCUUUCGACUUGUUUUCUUUCGAAUCGAAUCAUUUUUACAGAAAGAAGCUGCGUUUUAAAAGAGAAGGAUUCAUCGUGGUACGCUAACGGUAUCGCGGCACGCUGCACGUUACACGUGCAUUCGAUAACCUGGAUCCCAUCCCGACGAGUCGUCGGUUCGUCUCAUCGAGAAACGAGAGUUUGGAUUUUUCGUUGAACAUUCCGCAGCAUCAUCAUUCGACGCAGUAUCAUCAGAAUAGCUACACCAUGGCCGAUCAAACGUUUCACACCCCUAGUUUCGGUGACGAGGAUUUCGAUAUACCGGCUAUCCAUUCCCAUUCUCACCAACAACAUCAGCAACAGCAGCAACAGCCUCAACAGCAGCAGCAGCAGCAGCAUCAAACGCAACAACAGACUCAGCCUCAACACGAUCCGAUGCACGGCUACCAAACACAGAUGAUGCAAACCGGUAACGUUCAACAAUCUUCCGACGGAUUGAAUUUAGAUCCCGGUGGAUAUCAACAAUCCCUUUACCUGCAACAGGAUCACUCGAUGCAACAACCGAUCAGCGUAAGCUCGACGUAUAGUACGUCGCAGGGUUCGUACGUGAGUAUGAGCUCUCCGCGGCAACAGCAUGGAAACCAGCAGAUAAUGUUGCUUCAACAGCAGCAGCAACAACAGCAACACCAGCAGCAACAAGUUCAGUUGCAACAGCAUAUACAGUACAUGCACACUCAGCAGCAACAGCAACAACAAUUGCAGCAACAAAUGCAGUAUAGAAGUCCAACGGGCGGUAGCCCCUCGGCGAUACAAUCGAACACGGUUCCCGAGCCGAAUAACAAUACUACCACGAGCGAAGACAGUGACGAUAGCACGCCACAUUCCGGAAUGAUUACCGGGAUUAAGCGACCCUCGCCGGAACCGACCGACGUUGGAGCAAAAAAUCAAAGAAAACCAAAAUCGCAGAAAAAGAAGAAAAAGAGGGAUCCCAACGAACCGCAAAAACCUGUUUCGGCGUAUGCUCUAUUUUUUAGAGAUACCCAAGCUGCGAUAAAAGGGCAAAAUCCGAAUGCGAGCUUUGGUGAGGUUUCAAAGAUCGUAGCCUCGAUGUGGGAUGCGCUGGAUACGGAACACAAGAACGUGUACAAAAAGAAAACGGAGGCCGCCAAAAAGGAGUAUCUGCAGGCUCUUGCGGCGUAUAGGGCGUCUUUAGUUAGCAAGGGAGCAGCCGAAAACGACAAUCAACAACAUCAACAACAACAACAACAACCGCAACAACAGCCAACGCCGCAACAACAAGUUCAAUACGCAGCGUAUGGUAAUUAUACCGGGAAUGGGACACCAGGAAGUGUCUCGUAUCAAGUUUACAGCCCACAGCCACAACCCUCUUCGCCUCAGCAACAACAUCCGCAUUCUCACCCGCAUCAACAGCUUCAACAUCAUCAGCAAUCGACGCAACAAAUGCAAAUAAAAAAGUCUCCUCAUCAUUUAACGAUGCCAGGAAAUCCACAGCAACAACAAACGCAACAGACUUUGAUGGCAACAUCGAUGGCACCAACGCAUAUUUCGCAACAGCAACAACAACAGCACAUGCAACAACAAUACAUGCAGAUACCACAACAGCAAGUGCAACAAGUACAGCAACAGUCGCAACAAGUACAACACCACCAACAACAACAGCAACAAUCGCAACAACAAUUGAUGCAUACGAAUCCUGCAAAGAGUGAUACUUUAUCGAGUUCUCCACCAGCGGUGAACUCUGUGACUCAGGCUGCGAGCAUGGUUGGUCAAAGACCAACGUCGAACGCUUGUAUACGCCAUGGAUGCCCGAAUACCGCUGUUGCGAAUAGCGAAUGGGAAGACGAGUAUUGCAGCAACGAAUGCGUGGUUAGUCAUUGCAGAGAUGUCUUUACCACGUGGGUAUCUUCGAAUCAAAAUCCGCAGCAAAACUUUUCGACCGUUAAAUAAGGAUAGGUCGGUGCUAGUUGGAAAAUAGCAAUCGUUUGAAAUAUUUCCUACCAUUUCUUACAAUCGUGGAACACGAGUAUACAUUUACCUAUAUAUAUUUGAAACGUGAUCCGAUUCGCUAUCUUUUGUACAUAUGUCGACCACACCAAGUUUUUUCGCUUUAAAUCAAAAAAAAUGAACGACUGAGAGCGUGAGUCGCUACAUCGAUCUAUAGGUUUCAUUUGAAAGACUGCCUCCACGCGGCAUACGAUGCUCGUCGACUCGAAUAAUGUAUUGCCCUUUCACAUUCUCAUGCAAGGACGAGCAACAUAGCUGCGUAAUCGCGAAAGAGUAUUAGAAUCGCCAAAGUAGCCGAUAAAAUCGGGCUGUAGUUCGAAGGAAUUCAUUUCGAUGUGUUGUCGUGCGCGCGUUUGCCCAUUGUCCUUCAAUGCGCAUACGCUAUCGAAUUACGAGAUUUAAUAAUGAAGCGCGAACCGAGUUGUAUUCCUUCAUCCAAAUCUAGUUAGGAAUCGUUUAACGAUAGAUAACAGUAAAUUCGUAGAAAUAUAUUCAAAAACUGUAGGAUACGUCUAUAUAAAAUUUAUGGAUACCCCGUCGUAUCGGAAUCAAUGAGAAAUAAAAUAUAAAUUUGGAAACGAGUUUCCUCGGUUAGUAAAGAGAAAUAAAAAAAAAAAAAAAAAAAAAAAAAAAAUAAUCGAUUGCCAAUUAAACGUAUAGUAACUUGUCUAUAAUCGAUGGGAAUUAAUGAUAAACGAAUCGAAAAUUCCGUCGACUCCUGUAAGAAAGAAAGAUUGCUGAUGGCGUUAAACAUGAUGGUGGAAGAUGAAAGAAGAAAAAGGAAAAAACCGCGGUAGCCAUCAAAAAUCUGUAACACAACUUAUUUUUGUAUAAUUUUACAAAGGAAUAAAAAGUUCGUGCAAAGAAAGUUCGUGCAAAUACGAAAUAAUAAUAAUAA